AUGAACAAGGCCAAAGUUACUUCAAUGAAUAAACUCAUGAUCCCUUGUACAUAUACAACAUCAAAUGGUAGACAUUCUGCAGUAGCAGUAUCAACAAAAUCUUCAGCAGUAUUCUCAGUAGCAGGAGAAUUGUUUAUUGGAAUGAGUCUCAUGCAAAUCAUAUGUUCCGAGAUCGAAUGGUCAUUUCCUAAUGCUAUAGUGCAAAAAAAACAAAGAAAAGUUGCUGUCUGCUCCUUAUGCAAAACUCCAAAGAAUCGCAAAUUUCUACCCAUCCUAAGCCAAAUACCUGAAGAAAUUCACGCUGUUCCUAUGGUAUAUCGAAAACAACUAUCACCUAUCCAUAUGAGUUGCUCUUUAGGACGUGUUACAAAUUCAAAUCCCUAUACAAACUAUCGUCAUCUACAAGAUUUCAUCGGAUUAUCGAAAAAUCAAAUGCUUUAA